AUGUGGAUCGUCUAUAGCGACGACGAUGGAGUCACGUGGUCGGAGACCUCCGAGAUUCUAAACGGCACUUUGAUCGACGCAGAGCCCGAUUGUAGCCGUGGCAUGUCGUACUUGGGCCUCCCUGGGCUGGACAGCCUGAGCCUGAACACCCUUGCCGGCAUCACAAAGUGGUUGGUCGAGCUUUGUGCAGGUAGCGGCUCCGCGCUCCUCGACCCGUACAAUAACCCACAGUUUAGCGAGACGCUGAACGGCUCAUGGCAGUUCGUUGGCACUGGCCCUCCAGGCUCUAUUGAGCUGCAGAGUGGCCGGGUAUUGGUGCCCUCGUACCACAGCUAUAUCAGAGGACUUGAGGGAGGCAUCGCCACAAUUUCGCAGCUGUACAACAAUUUCGCGCUUGGUCACAUGGUCGCGAGCGACGAUGGCGGGGAUACGUGGCAGCUCGCGUGGACGGGCCGAACCGAGCGACAUGGGCGCACCGGCCAAGGGGCCAACGAGAAUUCCCUGGUGCAGUUCUCCGACGGUUCCAUCCUCAUGAACUCCCGAGCGCUCGCCACGGGUUCCCCACAAUACCGGCUGCAGGCGCACAGCGACGACGAUGGUGAGAGUUUCACGGCUUCGGAGUUUGUCAAGGACCUCCCGCAGCCCUUCAACGGUUGCCAGGGCUCAACCGUCGGGGGCACCGACGACGUCGUGUACACCGCGGAGCCAGACCCCGCCAAGGCGGACUCCCUGGCGCAGAAGCUGGUAGACCACCUGCCCAAGUGCGGCUCGCUGGAGCUGACCGGGCGGACCCGGGUGUCCGUGUGGAGGAGCGACGACCGGGGACAGACCUACAAGGUCAAGCAGAGGAUCGACGACGGGCUCUCCGCGCAGACUGCUCUCCAGUUCCAGGGCGGCCAGCUGACCCUUCUGUACGAGCAGGUCCUCAUCCCGGACAGGUUCGUGUUCCGCGAGGUCACGGGCAUCACCGACUAUUAG